CACCUGUCCCAUUUCUCCCAUGUUUCGUGAACGCAGCGCACACAUUCCGUCUGUCGUGCGCGUUUGGAGGAAGUCGUUCUUUAGCAAUCACAGUGCCUUAAAAUUCAAAAAAACCUGCAAAUCGACACCCACAAAUGAUUCAAAGGGAAGCCAUUUGGAACUGAAACAUUUCUUCCCAGCACUAGGUUAUCUCGUAUCCCUGCGCACCGGACGGUAUCUGCUCCUGAUCUAAGGCGGAGAUGACUACCGAGAAGACUGAAUACACUCCCGUGGAGGUGGGAGCAUCUCAGCCACCUCUCCCCGGGCAGCCGGCGUUUCCCGUUGCCUUUGGCACGAACGUGCCGGGUCCAAGUACGCUCGAGGGCCACGUACCUGGUGCUGGUGUCUUUCCCUUCCCUCCACCGACUGCGUUUGCACCCGGUGUCCCGGGAGAUUUCGGAAUGGCCGUGAACCCCAACCAAGGACAGUCAGGAUUCGCCAACCCAUCAUAUCCUUCAUAUCCUCCACCAGCAUAUGGCUUUAAUGAAAAUGUCGCAGGAGGAGUUUUCCAUAAUGAGGAUCCACCAGCUUUUCAUGAGAAUCAAGAGUUUGAUUUUGGAUUGGAUAACAAGACAAUACGACGAGCGUUUAUACGAAAGGUAUUCUUGGUGUUAACCGCUCAGCUCACGGUGACAUUCGCAUUCGUGGCUGUUUUCACCUUUGUGGAACAGGUCAAGGUGUUUGUAGUGGCGAACAUGUGGACGUAUUUGGUGUCUUACAUCGUGUUCUUUGUGUCCGUUUGCGUGAUCAGCUGCUGUGGAAAUGUUCGUCGAAGACACCCUUGGAAUCUUGUUGCGCUGUCCAUUUUGACUCUAAGUAUGUCCUACAUGGUGGGAAUGAUCGCCAGCUUCCAUAAAACCGAUUCGGUGAUCAUGGCUGUGGGCAUCACAGCAAUUGUGUGCUUCACGGUGGUCAUCUUCUCUCUGCAGACCAAGUAUGACUUUACUUCCUGUUACGGGGUACUCUUCGUCUGUUUAAUUGUCUUGAUCAUCUUUGGCUUGCUCUGCAUCUUCAUCCGUGACAAAAUCCUGCAUAUUGUCUAUGCUGGACUGGGAGCAUUACUCUUCACCUGUUUCUUGGCCGUGGACACUCAGAUGCUUCUUGGCAACAAGGAACUGGCCCUGAGUCCCGAGGAAUACGUCUUUGCUGCUCUAAACCUGUACACAGACAUCAUCAACAUCUUCCUCUACAUUCUCGCCAUCAUUGGCAGAGCCAGAGGAGGCUGAGCAAAGGGAGCGACAAUAAAAACUGUUUUCAGUUCAAAAACGGAAGCGAAUUCUUAUAAUGUUGAUUUUUGCUUUGCUUUGCAGUAUGUAUUCAUUACAUAGUUGAAGAUUGCUUUUGCCUUCACCCAGUAAAUGUAGUUUUUGUAUGACGCUAUGUAGUGUAAGUAGGACCACAUAGCCUCCAGCUUAGAGAUUGCUACAGUUUUCUGCAGUAUAUGUACAAAACUUGUAUUUUGGUUUAGAAAAUUGUAUCCUAUGCCAAACAAAACCAUUAAAAAGGACAAAGGUUUGUCAAAAUGA